AUGAUCCGGGCGUUCUCGUUCCCCGCCAGCCCCGAGCGGAGCCGGCUCCGCGGCUGGCUGGAAGGCACCCUGGCCGGCUUGUGCGAGCUGCAUUUGCUGCGCGAGCGCCAGGAGCGGCGCGUCCGGCAGGCGCUGCGCAUCGCCGCCGAGUCCCCCGGCAAGCCGGGAGAUGGCGAGGCGGGCGGCGGGGAGGCGGCGGCGGCGGCGGCUCCGGAGGACCAGCUGGACGCCCUUCCUGGCUUGAUGUGGGAACUGGAACAGCAAUUGGGUCUCCUGCGCCUGUACCCAGAGAAGGCCUGUGCGGAGGCUGCUGAGACGGACAGCUGGCCCAGCUCAGGGUCCUACUCCAGGAUCGGCCGUCCGGAGUCCCGCCUCGGCUACGCCAGUGAGCGCCCCAAGUCCGUAGGUGAUGUGGCCAACAGCAGCAGAGAUGGGGCCAACCGCAGCACCGUGCCCCGCUCCUUCUCGGCCCCCUACUCCACUUCCCAGGACUACCCAGCAGAGCCGUUGCCUCACUGCUAUCCCCCGGACCCUUUCUCGUACCCCAGCCCUCUGCACGCGGUGGCCCUGCAGAACCCCUUGCUCCGGACCCACCUGUACGAAGACCCCGCCUUCGCUUCGUCCGCUUCCCAGGCGUCGGCCUCCCCCGCAGACCAAGAAGGGGGCCUGGACACCUACGGCAACGAGUUCCAGUUCUACUCGGAGGCGGCCUCGCACUGCCACAAGGUGGAGAGUUACAUCUCGCGCCUCAUUCGUCGCCGCAGCCAGCUGGUGAGAGGCAGCAAGCCCCGGACGAGCCUCGGCUUGGAGCCCCCGGCCAAGGGCAGCGUGGUCCGGCAGAACAGCCUGUGCAAGAGGCCCCUGGAGCUGCUGCCCCCUCAGGCCGAGCGCAAGCACCCCCCGGCCGUGGAGCGAGGCAGCAGCACCCCUUCGCCCUGCGGCCACGAGGGCGGGGCCGCCGCAGCCGCGCGGAUCUGGUCCUCGUGGGAUGCCGCUGCCGAGAGGACUCUGGCGGCCAAGGCCGCAGCAGCCGCGGAGGACUUCAGCCCACCCCACUCAAGUCUCAAGAAGCCCCCCAAGCUGCAGGCUUUGGCCCAUAUGAGGCCUGCCUCCGUGGACCAAUACGAAGCAGCCUACCCAUCGUCCCCUCUGCCGGACAGAGAGGACGCCGCCUCCCGGGGGAACAGCCAGGAGCCCGUCUCCUACGAGUCUGAGGACGGGACCUGCCUCAUGGUCAAAGCCCAGUACAUCCCGGCCCAGCAGGCACCGAGGGCCCAGCAGGCGCACCGGGGGGGCAAAAAGAAGCCCCCGCCUCUCACCAAAGGCCGCUCGGUGGAACUGUCGCCGGAGCGAGUCCAUCUGCUGGCGAGGGAGCGGCCGCGGGUUUCGGCGCCCCCCAAGAAAUGCCGCUUCACUGAAGAGGGCGGGGAGGCCGGCGGGAGGAAGGGGGCCGCUCGGAAAAGCUCGCCCCGGUCGAGGAAGGCCGCUCGGUCACAGUCUGAGAACAGCCUCCUCAACAAACCGGGGGUCAGAGACGGGGCGGCCGAACGGGAGGAGCCGGCCCUGAAACAGUCCCGGCCACGGCGGCCUCACGGCCACACGGCCAGCGGUUACCGCAAGUGGCGCUCGACUGCAGAGAUCUGCCAGGAUGAGCCCUCUCCGGGAAGUGCCGCCGAGCCACGCCGGGGCCAGCGAGGAGCAGGCCCCGUGGGGUACAGUUAUGCCGGCAGUGACUCUGAAUGCUCAGGCGAGCAGGCCCGGCAGGCGCCCAUGUGCCGUUUGGAGGAAGGCCUGGUCUAUGGCGACAGCGAGUCUAGCCUGAGCGACGGGGACUCGCCUACCGCCUACAGCAGCGGGGCGUCCAGCGACACGGACGAGAGCGGUGGCCUGGUGUGGCCGCAGCAGCUCUCGCCUCAGCUGGUGUCAGCUUCUGGGCCUGGGAAGGCCGCCGGCGGACAACCCAAGGUCUUCGUCAAGAUCAAAGCCUCGCAUGCGCUGAAGAAGAAGAUCAUGCGUUUCCGCUCGGGCUCCCUCAAAGUCAUGACAACUGUGUGAGGGACGCCAGCCA